AUGUGGAAAAUGAUGGACACUUCUAGGAAGGGUGAAGUGAAGUCUCUAGAAUUGGCUUUGAUUGAUGCUCAGGGUAGCAAAAUUCAGGCGACUAUACCGGCUAGAUUCAUGCGGGAUUUCAAGGACUGGUUGGAAGAAGGUUGUUGUCGGAAAAUAUCGUGUUUUGAUCAUGCUCUGAAUAUAAAUGGAGCAUACCAAUGUGCAAAACACGAGUAUAAAAUUGUGUUUGAACCAAACACAUUGGUUCAAACGGUUGACAGCAUGAAGGUUACACUAUGGGGUGAACAUGCUGACCUCAUAACCAAUUACAUGUCUAAAGAACCAGAAUUUCCAGUUGUGCUGAUUGUGCAAAUCUACCUUGAUGACAUGAACAUACCUGCCAUUUAUGAAUACAAACACAGGCUUGAACAGAACGAUAUUAAAGAGGCAAGCAUCCACAAAAUAUCGAUCAUGUCCUCCAUAUCUGGAUACACAACCUUUGAUGACUUUGUCAAAGAUUCAGAGAUAUUAACUUUGAAUGAAAUCAGAGAUCUUGAAGAGGCGGGCUACGUUGUUGUAUUUGGAAAAAUUUCUGGAAUAGCUAAGGAGUACGAUUGGUCUUACCUUGGGUACAUGGAAUGUAACAGAAAUGUUAUCAAAAUUGAGGAUGCUGAAAUGCCCAAAUCAGCUGGGAAGUCCAAGACUCUAUCAUUUGGAAAGAAGAAACAAACCGCUGAUGAUAAGUCGCAGGUUCCAAAAAAAUGGAUGUGUAAUCGGCAUGGACCUGUUUCUGCUGUUGCUCCUAAGUUUAAGUUGCAAGUUUAUCUAAUGGAUGGUUCUGGGAGUAGGAUUGUUACUCUUUGGGACAGAAUGGUGUACACUUUCAUUAACAAGACUACAGCUGAGCUACGUGAGAAGGACAAAGAUGACUACCCAAAAAUUUUGGACGAAAUCAUUGGGAAAAAAUGCCUCUUCAGGCUGGAUGUAUCUGAUUACAACAUAACCAACAAUACGAGUGAGAUUGCUGUUACCAGGGUUACUACUGAUGCAGAUGUGAUUAAGAAAUAUCUUGAUGUUGUUUCAGAAAUUCAGGAAAUUGACCCAGAACUAAGUGCUGAAUUUGCUGCCAACUUAACCCCCACCCAGGACAGUACAACUAAGACUGCAGCUUCAUGCACUGGUGACUCAGGAAAUGGAAAUGCAGGGGAUGACCGUGCUGACAGCCCACCACCAAAGAAGAUGAUACCAAUCUAG